AUGGCUCCUUGCUCCUAUACGACUGAUUUCGGCAGUCUAAAGCUCUCGAACAAGGAGAAGAACAAACUUAGGAAACCGGUGGUGGAGAAGAUGCGCCGCGAUCGCAUCAACGGCUGUAUAGAACAGCUCCGGAAGCUGCUGGAGAAGGAAUUCCACCAACACGACCCCAGCGCCAAGCUGGAGAAAGCCGACAUCUUGGAGAUGACGGUGAGCUUCCUGAAGAGGCAGCUGCAGCCGCGUGCCGUCGGCACCGCGAGGGCCUACAGCGAGGGCUACUCCCAGUGCUGGAGAGAGACUCUGUGCUUCCUGUCAGCCAGCUCCGUGGGGGGUGUGUCCCUCGAUCACCUCCAUCAUCUGCACGACAACCAGAGAACCACCAAGCAGCUCUGUGCGGUGUUUCCGGUCGCUUCCACGCAAACUGUGGUGCAGGUGAAGCAGGAGCCAGGUACGGAAGGACCCAUCUGGAGGCCAUGGUAGAGACACUGUAAAGCCACUGUGGCA